AUGGAAGCGAGUGUGGUCCAGAAGGGUUGGGACGCCUGUGACAAGACAGAUACGUUGUUUGUACUUGUAUGCACCGUGUUUUGCUGGACUAUUAUCCCAGCCGUUGGUUUAGGAUACUCCGGAUAUUCGACCCGACGGAGUGGUCUGGCAUCUUUCAUUCCAUCUGUGUACGUUGUUUGCGUCUGCACCAUACAAUGGUGGCUCAUCGGCUACACGCUGGCAUACGGCGAGGGCUCAGGCGUGAUUGGAGAUUUCAAAUAUGCCUUCCAUCGCAGUGUGCUGGCCGAGCCAGUCGGUACGAUCCCAGCACUGCUGUUCAGCAUGUUCCAGCUGGUGUUUGAGGCGACAGUGUGUGCCAUUGCAGUAGGCGGAGCAUGCGAAAGGGGCAGAAUUGCUCCUUUGAUACCCUUCAUCUUUUUAUGGUCCACAUUUAUCUACUGCCCACUGGCGCAUAUGGUAUGGGGUGGAGGCUUCUUGUCUGAGCUCGGCGUCCUUGACUUUGCAGGGGGCACACCUGUCCACAUAUGCUCCGGUGCCACAGCCAGUGCGAUCAGCAUCUACUUGUCAUAUCCACUGGCACGGUCCAGGAAAUCCUCUGUGCGGACUCCCUCGCACCUAAGGCUCCAUCGGCCACACAACUCACUCAGUCAACUACUCGCCAUGAUCAUCAUUUGGGGAAGCUGGCUAGCAUUUGACGCAGGAACUACCCUGAGCUUGAAUUUCCUGUCCAUCAACGCGUUGGCAGUCACAAAUCUGUGUGCCUCAGCUGGCGCCAUCACCUGGGCAUCGAUGACCUACUUCGAAACGGGCAAAUGGUCUUUGGACUCCACAUUCAUGGGCGCAAUUAGUGGCUUGGUCAUGAUAACGCCUGCUGCUGGGUUCAUCGACGUCCCAACGUCUUUCUUCUUCGGCGUGUUCGGAGCCGUCAUCUGUCGACAGGCGCUGCGGAUCAAGUUCACAAAGUUUGCCGCCAGAUGGAGAUGGGUCGACAAUGGAGACACAUUUGCAACUCAUUGCGUGGGAGGCUUUGUCGGGACUAUUGCGACAGGGUUGUUUGCUCAGAAGUCUGUAGCAGCAUAUGGCGAAGUCGAGGUUGAUGGGGGCGUGUUCUUCGACGGAAACGUCCGACAGUUGGGUGUUCAGAUUGUCGAGGCUUUGGUCGGUUUCACCUGGUCAUUCGUCGGAUCGUUUAUCCUUAUAGCCUUGGUCGACUGCAUUCCAGGCUGCGAAGUUUUAGCUGUGGACAGUGAUGUUAACUCCGGUAUGGAUGCGGCGCAGAUGGAUGAAAGCCUAUAUGAAGCUCAAUGGGAGGGCGAGGAAGACUAUAAGCCAUUGGCUAACGGGAAUAUUCACUUGGACUAA